AUAAAUAUAGAUUAAUCCAACUGCAGUUUUCCAACACGAUGAUUCUUUCUCCAUCCAAACCGAAUAAAACCUUUCACAGCUUAAUUCUAGAUGGAUUGGUGAAGGCAGAUUGUAUGGGUUUCUACGAGAGGCAGGGAAGAAGAAUGAGUAGAGAAGGAGAAGGAGAGAGAGAUGCAAUUUCACAGCCAUGAUGCAAGGACUCCACCACCAGCAACAGCAGCUUGCUGCUCUUCUCUCCGUUGCUCUCCCCAAGGACGAUUCGUCUUCUUCCUCGGCUGCUGCUGCUGCUUCUUCCUCCGAAAACGAUGACUCCUCUCGACUUGCCGCCAUUGACUCGCUCCACCGCGCCAUUAUCUACCCUCCCAACUCGCUCCUCGUGACUCAUUCCGCUUCUUUCCUCUCCGGCGGCUUCUUUCAACUCCUCUCAGACGAAUCUUAUGCGGUGCGGCAGUCAGCAGCUGCAGCAUAUGGGGCACUAUGUUCUGUAGCGUGUUCCAUUCCUAUAGCAUCAAAUGGAAGGCAGAACCAUGUCAUACUUAGCAGUUUGGUUGAACGAUUCAUUAGUUGGGCAUUGCCUCUGCUUAGCAAUGUCGGUGCCAGAGAUGGUACAACGGAACUGGCACUGGAAAGCCUUAGAGAAUUUCUCAAUGUUGGAGAUGCUGGGGGAAUUGAGAGAUAUGUCUUACCAAUACUUAAAGCAUCCCAAGAGCUUCUUGAGAAUGAGGGAACCUCCUGGAGCCUACUGCAUCAGCUUCUAGGCAUUUUGACUUUGAUCUCAUUGAAGUUCUCUAGAUGCUUUCAACCCCAUUUUGUUGAUGUCAUUGAUCUUCUUCUAGGGUGGGCAUUGGUACCAGACCUUACUGAAUCAGAUAGAUGUAUAAUUAUGGAUAGUUUUUAUCAGUUUCAGAAACACUGGGUGAAUAAUCUGCAGUUUUCUCUUGGACUGCUUUCAAAGUUCCUGGGUGACAUGGAUGUAUUGCUUCAGGAUGGAAGUCCAGGAACACCACAACAAUUUCGAAGGUUGCUUGCACUGUUGUCUUGUUUCUUAACAGUUUUGCAGUCUACUGCUUCUGGGUUGUUGGAAAUGAAUCUGCUUGAACAAAUAAGGGAACCUCUUAGCAAAAUGCUUCCCCAGUUGUUGGGAUGUUUGUCUAUGGUUGGAAGGAAAUUUGGGUGGGCCAAAUGGAUUGGGGAUUCCUGGAGGUGCUUGACUCUGUUGGCUGAAAUUCUAGGUGAAAGGUUUUCUUCCUUUUACCCAACCACAGUUGAUAUAUUGUGUCAAAGCUUGGAAAUGGACAGUACAGGCCAAGCUGCUGGGGCUGGGAAGAUUACCUCCUUUCAGAUUCAUGGGGUUUUGAAAACUAAUCUUCAAUUACUGUCUCUACAAAAGCUUGGCCUUCUUCCAUCAUCCGUUCAGAAAAUAUUGCAAUUUAAUGCGCCUAUAUCUCAACUGCGUUUGCAUCCAAAUCACUUGGUGACAGGAAGUUCUGCUGCUACAUAUAUUUUCUUGCUUCAACAUGGGAAUACUGAAGUUGUUGAACAAGCAGUGACCUUGUUGGCUGAAGAGCUGAAGUUGUUAAAGGGCAUGGUUGGGAAAAUGUUGAAUCAAGGAGAUGAGGCCAAUAGUAUUGUUGAUUCUAAACCUUAUUCAAAACUUGAGUUGUUUGCAUUGAUUAAGUUUGAUUUGAAAGUUUUAUUGAGCUGUGUUUCCCUCAGUGGUGGAAAGAGUGUGAUUGGCCAGCCAGAUAUUGUUGCAUUGUAUCUUAAAAGGUCAGAAAAAUUGGUAGCUUCAAUUAUUGAUGAACUGAAUCCCUUUGAGUUACCCAUCCAAGGAAGUGUUGAAUUGCAAGCGAACGUAGUCAAAACGUUGGAGAGGCUAAGUGCAAUUGAAUUCUUAAACAAGUGUGCUGUAAGAAAACAGUUUAGCAAGAAAAGUCCUGUAGAUAUUGCAUCUGAAAAAGUCUCAAAUGAGAGCAAUUUCAGGUAUGGACAGCCAUUUAUGAUUAUUGAACAUUUGGGCAAGUACGGCCCACUCCUUAUCAAAGCUCUUCAUAAUUCCUCUCCUAUCAUAGUUAGAGUUGAAGCACUGGAAUGGAUCCAUAGAUUCUGUGAGGAUGUUAUUUCUCUUUAUGAAAAUUCAAAUGAAAUCAAUGGUUUUUGUGAGGCAGAUGGACAUGUUUGUGUUGUUGGGAAUUUGGUUUGUUCAGUUUUGAAUGCUGCUUUUGACAGGGAACCAAAAGUGAGAGCUCAUGUUGCAUUAGUUCUGGAGCUACUUCUGCAAGCAAGACUUGUUCAUCCUGUUUUAUUUUAUUCCACAGCUGAAGUUGUCCUUGAAAAAGUCAGUGAUCCAGAUAUAAAUAUAAAAAAUUCUUUUGUCAGGUUACUUUCUCAUGUUUUGCCUAUUACGAUGUAUGCAUGUGGUUUAGUUGAUAAUGGAACGGUUACCACAUGUAGGCCUGGUGUCCUUUGGUUAGGCGAUAGAUGUUAUUUGCACUGGAAGCAAGUAUUUGCUCUCAAGCAACUACCUCAGCAACUUCACUCACAGCAACUUGUUUCCAUUUUGAGUUACAUUUCGCAAAGAUGGAAAGUACCACUUUCUUCUUGGAUCCUACGACUCAUUCACAGCUGUCGGCAUGCAACAGACUUUGUUUUGAGUCAACGAGAGGAAACUGGAAACUUUGGUUCCAAUGGUUUAUGGUUGGACGUGAAGGUGGGGGAAGAUAUCCUUGAAAAAAUUUGUUUUGUUAAUAAUCUGGCUGGUGCAUGGUGGGCUAUACAUGAAGCAGCUAGAUAUUGCAUUUCUACACGCCUUCGGACCAACCUUGGUGGACCCACCCAAACCUUUGCAGCAGUGGAGCGCAUGCUUCUGGACAUCGCGCACAUGCUGCAGCUUGAUAGUGAAAAGAAUGACAGUAAUUUGAAUAUAAUAGCUUCAUCCUGUACUCACUUGUUACCAAUGAGGUUAUUAUUGGAUUUUGUUGAGGCCCUAAAGAAGAAUGUAUAUAAUGCAUAUGAUGGAUCCUCUGUUUUACCAUCAGCAACUAGGCAAAGUGCCUUGUUCUUUCGGGCAAACAAGAAAGUUUGUGAGGAGUGGUUUUCUCGUAUAUGUGAGCCGAUGAUGAAUGCUGGAUUGGCGCUACAGUGUCAUGAUGCCACAAUCCAUUAUUGUACUCUACGUUUGCAGGAGCUAAAAAGUCUUGUGGCUUCUGCUUUGAAGGACAAAUCUCGUGCACAGGUGGCUGAGAACCUCCAGAGUAUCAGGGGUAGAUUUUCUGGAGACAUCUUGAGAGUGUUACGUCACAUAUCCUUGGCUCUGUGUAAGAUUCAUGAACCUGAGGCCCUGAUUGGCCUACAAAAAUGGGUUUCCAUGACAUUUUCUUCAUUGUUUGUUGAGGAAAAUCAGAGUGUUGGUCAUAAUGAGUUCUCGAGGCCCUUCUCAUGGAUGACUGGGCUUGUAUAUCAGGCUGAAGGCCAAUAUGAAAAGGCUGCUGCUCACUUUACUCACUUGCUACAGACUGAGGAGUCACUCAGUUCUAUGGGUUCUGAUGGUGUGCAGUUUGCUAUUGCACGGAUCACUGAGAGUUAUACUGCAGUUUCUGAUUGGAAGUCUCUAGAGGCAUGGCUGUUAGAGCUGCAGACUCUUCGCGCUAAGCAUGCUGGGAAGAAUUAUUCUGGUGCUCUAACAACAGCUGGCAAUGAAGUAAAUUCGAUUCAAGCUUUGGCGCGUUUUGAUGAUAGUGAUUAUCAGGCAGCAUGGGCUUGCCUUGAUUUGACACCUAAGAGUAGCAGUGAACUCACGUUGGAUCCCAAGUUGGCCUUGCAAAGAAGUGAACAGAUGCUUUUACAGGCAAUGCUUUUUCAAGUUGAGGGAAAGGUAGACAAAGUGUCACAUGAAAUUGAGAAGGCCAAGUCAAUGCUGGAGGAAACAUUAUUUGUUCUGCCACUUGAUGGGUUAACGGAGGCUGCUGCAUAUGCCACACAGUUGCACUGCAUCUUCACAUUUGAGGAAGGCUACAAGCUUAAAUGUAGCCAAGAAAAACCAAAGCAACUGCAGUCAAUUAUGCAUUCAUACAUUCAAGCAGUGCAGUCUCGAAUUAAUAGAGCGCAUCAAGAUUGUAACCCAUGGUUAAAAAUUCUACGUGUUUAUCAAACCAUUCUCCCAAGUUCACCAGUUACUUUAAAGCUUGGUAAAGAUUUACUGAAUUUAGCCCGUAGACAAGAUAACUUAGGUUUGGCAAGCCGCUUGAGCAGCUGUCUCAAAAAUCAUGUUAUGAGUUGUCACGAGGGAAAGUACCGUGAUUUUCUUAUGUCAAAUUUGCAGUACGAGGGCAUCCUGAUGAUGCAUGCUGAAAACAAAAUUGAAGAUGCCAUUGAAAAUCUUUGGACAUUUGUGCAUCCUUGCAUCAUUUCUUCAGCAAGUAUAGUUUCCGAUGCAGAUGAUAGUAUUUUGAAAGCAAAAGCAUGCUUGAAGCUCUCAAAAUGGCUGAGACAGCAUCUUUCAUAUAUGAUGAGCUCAGAAAAUAUUGUUCUAAAGAUGCUAGCAGAUUUUAACAUAACUGAUAGCUCUUCCCCUGGUAAAGCUGGAGUGGCCUUCAGUGAGCAUAAUUUAAGUUCUAAACCAAGCGUGGGUCUUAUUACCGAGGAAAUUGUUGGUACAGCUACAAAAUUGUCAUCUCAUAUCUGCCCCACCAUGGGCAAGACAUGGAUUUCUUAUGCUUCUUGGUGUUAUAGUCAAGCCAGAAACUCACUAUAUGCUUUGAAUGAAAAUGUCCUUCACUCAUGCUCUUUUUCUUCUAUUCUUGUUCCAGAAAUCCUACCUGAAAGAUUUAAGUUAACUGGAGAAGAGAUUUUAAGAGUUGAAUCUGUGAUUUCAUGUCUCUUUGAGGAAAGGGGAGAUCUACUGGAUUUAAAUGAUGAAAGGGAAGGGUUGAACAUUUUGCUUGAAUCUGCAGAGAAUAUGAGUGAGAACCCUCUAAAGGUUAUGGUGCAGCAAGUAGUGAACAUUAUUGAAGCUGCUGCUGGAGCACCUGCUGCAGAAAAUUCUAGUGGUGAAUGCCUUUCUGCUACGCUAACUUCUCAGUUGCAGAUGUUUUUCAGACAUGCAACUGCUGGCCUACAAGGAAAAGAAGUAUUAUCAUCAGUAGAUAACUUAGUGGAUGUUUGGUGGUCUUUGAGGCAGCGGCGGGUGUCUCUUUUUGGGCAUGCAGCUCAUGGUUUCAUACAAUAUCUUUCGUAUUCUUCUUCCAAGGUUUGGGAUGAUCAAUUAGUUGGUCUUGACUGUGAGCCUUCAUUACAAAAGUCUGGGAGCUACACUCUGAGAGCUACAUUAUAUGUUUUGCACAUUCUUCUUAACUACGGAGUGGAGUUAAAGGAUACAAUUGAAUCUGCUCUGUCAACAGUUCCUUUAUUGCCAUGGCAGGAAAUAACUCCCCAACUGUUUGCUCGCUUAAGUUCUCAUCCCGAGCAAGUGAUUCGUCAGCAACUGCGGAGCUUGUUGAUUAUGCUGGCAAAGUUAUCUCCUUGGUCCAUAGUGUACCCGACGCUUGUUGAUGUAAAUGCUUAUGAAGGGGAGCCGUCAGAGGAGCUUCAGCACAUCCUGGGUUGCUUGAGUAAGCUUUACCCCAGAUUAGUUCAAGAUGUUCAGCUCAUGAUAAAUGAACUUGGAAAUGUAACUGUUCUUUGGGAAGAGCUAUGGCUUAGCACACUUCAAGACCUUCACACAGAUGUAAUGAGGCGAAUAAAUGUGCUGAAAGAGGAAGCUGCACGGAUUGUGGAGAAUGUCACUCUUAGUCGUAGUGAGAAGAAUAAGAUAAAUGCCGCAAAAUAUGCUGCCAUGAUGUCACCCAUUGUUGUGGCCUUGGAGCGCCGUUUAGCUUCGACUUCUCAAAAACCAGAAACACCUCAUGAGAAAUGGUUCAAUGAGGAGUAUAUAGAGCAGCUCAAAUCAGCUAUAUUAACCUUUAAAACUCCUCCAGCAUCUACAGCUGCACUUGAGGAUGUCUGGCGACCAUUUGAUAAUAUAGCCGCAUCCUUAGCAUCUUAUCAGAGAAAGUCUUCAAUUUCAUUAGGAGAAGUUGCACCACAACUUGCUUUGCUAUCCUCUUCUGAUGUUCCAAUGCCUGGCCUGGAGAGGCAAAUCACAUUGUCUGAGUCAGAUGGGGUUCUUAAUAACACACUCCAGGGAAUUGUUAAAAUUGCUUCUUUCUCAGAACAAGUGUCUAUAUUGUCUACCAAGACUAAACCAAAGAAAAUUGUUAUGCUAGGCUCUGAUGGUAAAAAAUACACGUAUCUCUUGAAAGGACGAGAGGAUUUGCGCCUUGAUGCCCGAAUCAUGCAGCUGUUGCAGGCUAUAAAUGGCCUUCUUCAUUCCUCUCCUAAAAUUCGUAGACAGUGUCUCAGCAUUCGUUAUUAUUCUGUAACACCUAUCAGUGGUCGGGCUGGUCUUAUCCAGUGGGUAGAUAAUGUAAUAAGUAUAUACAGUGUGUUUAAGUCUUGGCAAAGCCGUGUCCAGCUUGCGCAGCUGUCAGCACUGGGUGCUAGCAAUACAAAAGUUACAGUUCCUCCACCUGUUCCCCGGCCAAGUGAUAUGUUCUAUGGGAAGAUUAUACCAGCACUCAAAGAGAAAGGCAUAAGGAGAGUAAUUUCACGAAGAGACUGGCCUCAUGAAGUAAAACGGAAGGUUCUUCUUGAUCUUAUGAAGGAGGCUCCUAAGCAGCUUCUUCAUCAAGAACUUUGGUGUGCUAGUGAAGGAUUCAAACCCUUCAGCUCAAAGUUGAAAAGGUAUUCUGGUAGUGUUGCAGCCAUGAGUAUUGUUGGCCACAUUCUGGGCCUAGGAGAUCGACAUUUGGAUAAUAUUCUUAUGGAUUUUACAAGUGGGGACAUUGUACAUAUUGACUACAAUGUGUGCUUUGAUAAGGGGCAGAGAUUAAAGAUUCCUGAGAUUGUUCCUUUCCGCCUUACCCAGACAAUUGAAGCUGCUCUUGGUUUGACUGGAAUUGAAGGUAACUUUAGAGCAAACUGUGAAGCAGUCGUCAGUGUUUUGAAGAAGAAUAAAGAUAUCCUCUUGAUGUUAUUGGAGGUAUUUGUCUGGGAUCCACUUGUAGAAUGGACACGUGGAGAUUUUCAUGAUGAUGCCACAAUUGGUGGUGAAGAACGAAAGGGCAUGGAGUUAGCAGUUAGCUUGAGUUUAUUUGCAUCUCGAGUUCAAGAAAUUCGUGUUCCUUUGCAGGAGCAUCAUGAUCUUUUAUUGGCUACUUUACCAGCUGUUGAAUCUGCUCUUGAGAGAUUUGCAGAUGUCCUAAAUCAAUACGAGCUUGUCUCUGCAUUUUUUUAUCGUGUUGACCAAGAGAGAUCUAACCUUAUUCUGCAUGAGUCUUCGGCAAAGUCAAUUGUUGCUGAAGCAACUUGUAAUUCAGAAAAAACUCGCGCCUCAUAUGAAAUGCAAGCACGGGAAUUUGGUCAAGCAAAGGCUGUGGUAGCUGAGUUAGCCCAGGAGGCAGCAACCUGGAUGGAGCAACAUGGGAGGAUCCUUGAUGCUUUACGAAGUGGUUCAAUUCCAGAAAUUAAAGCCUGCAGAGAACUGUGCAAUAUGGGAGAAGCUUUAUCUCUUACAUCUGCUGUUAUGAUGGCAGGGGUUCCAUUGACUAUUGUUCCUGAGCCAACACUAGCACAAUGUCGUGAUAUAGAUGGGGAAGUUUCUCAGCUCAUGGUAGAGUUGGAUCAUGGACUUUCAUGUGCAGUGACAGCGCUGGAAACAUAUUCUGUGUCUUUACAAAGAAUAUUACCAUUAAAUUAUCAUACAACCAACCCAGCCAAUGGAUGGGCACAAGUUUUGCAACUAUCUGUGAAUAAUAUUUCCUCUGAUAUCCUCUCCAUUGCCAGGCGACAGGCUGCUGACCUUAUUGCAAAAGCACAUGGGGAUGAUCUUGAGUCUAUUAAAUGUAGUCACAAUGAACUCUGUCUUAAAGUGCAGAAGUAUGCAGUGGAGAUGGAGAAAAUUGAAGUAGAGUGUGCUGAACUGGAAAAUUCUAUUGGCUUAGAGACUGAAUCAAAAGCUAAGGAUCGUCUCCUGUCUGCUUUCAUGAAAUACAUGCAGUCAGCUGGUUUUACAAGGAAAGAAGAUGCCAUGUCAUCUAUGCGGUCAGGACAGUUUAAACAUGAUGAGGCAAAAGAUACCAAAUUACAAUGGGAGCUUGAAGAGAAGAUGGAGAAGGUGUUAUCGGUUUUGAAUAUAGCUAUAAGUUUUGUGUAUAAUGAGGUUAGGCAUUGUGUAAUGGAGAUAUUUAGCAGUUCCACUGGAGAGAAAAGUGCAGACCAUGUUCUACAGUCUGAUUUUGAAACACUUUUCUGUGAGUUUGAAGAGCAAGUAGAGAAAUGCAUACUCAUAGCAGGUUUUGUCAAUGAAGUGCAGCAGCUCAUUGGCAGGGAUAUACCCAGUGUUGAUCCAGAUAUAGUUAGUAUAGAGGAUCCUUCUGAGAGAAACUGGGCAUCCAUAAUCAAAAGCAGUCUACUUUCCUGUAAGGGUCUGAUUGGGCAAUUGAUUGAGGUUGUUUUGCCAGACAUAAUAAAAUCUGUGGUUUCUUUCAAUUCAGAAGUCAUGGAUGCCUUAGGAUCUCUCUCACAAAUCCGAGGGUCCACUGAUAUGGCUCUAGAGCAGCUUGUUGAUGUUGAGUUAGAGAGGGCAUCUUUGGUAGAAUUGGAACAGAACUACUUUGUAAAGGUUGGUCUUAUCACAGAGCAGCAGUUGGCUCUUGAAGAGGCUGCUGUGAAGGGUAGGGAUCAUCUUUCCUGGGAAGAGGCAGAGGAGCUUGCUUCCCAAGAAGAAGCUUGUAGAGCACAGCUGGAUCAACUCCAUCAGUCGUGGAAUCAGAAAGACCUUCGAAUUUCUUCUGUGAUUAAGAGAGAAGCUGUUAUUAGAAAUGCCCUGAUAUCUUCUGAACACCAUUUUGAUUCAUUAAUCAAUACUGAGCGGGAGAGGGAGCCUCAUGUUUUGAGGAGAAAAGUCCUGCUAUCCUCACUGGUCAAGCCCUUCUCUGUGUUGGAAUCAAUUGAUAAACUAUUGUCUUCAUUUGGAAGUUCCGCUGGUCCUCACUUAAAAGGAAUUUCUAAUUUUUCAGAUUUGAUACGUUCUGGGUUCACAAUCUCAGAAAAUAUCUGGAAGUUUUCAAGCCUUUUAGACAACCAUUGCUUCUUCAUUUGGAAAGUGGGUGUUGUGGAUUCUUUUCUUGAUUCUUGCAUACAUGAUGUGGCUUCAUUUGUUGAUCAAAAUUUAGGAUUUGACCAGCUCUUUAAUGUUGUGAAGAAAAAGCUUGAAAUCCAACUUCAAGAACAUAUUGGUCAAUACCUGAAAGAACGAGUUGUUCCCGUUAUGAUAUGUUGCUUAGAUAAAGAAAAUGAGAAUUUAAAUCAACCUACAGACACAGCAAAGGGACUUGCUCUUGAUCAAAUGAAAAAGGAUGUUGGGGCUGUAAAACGGGUGCAACAUAUGCUUGAAGAAUACUGCAAUGCUCAUGAAACUGUCAGAGCAGCAAGAACUGCAGCUUCUGCUAUGAAAAAACAGGUGAAUGAACUAGGAGAGGCACUUUGUAAGACUAGCCUGGAGAUUUUUCAGAUGGAAUGGAUGCAUGAUGUUGCUUUGACCCCAUCGCAUAGUAACAGGACCAUCUUUCAGAAAUUUCUCUCUAGUGGCGAUGACUUGUUUCCCAUUAUUAUGAACCUUAGCAGACCUAGAUUAUUGGAAAGCAUACAGUCUGCUAUAUCAAAGAUAGCAAGGUCAGUGGAGUGCCUGCAAGCAUGUGAAAGAACUUCUGUCACAGCAGAAGGGCAGCUUGAGAGGGCCAUGGGUUGGGCUUGUGGUGCCCCAAAUCCAAGUGCAACUGGAAAUACCUCAACCAAGAGUUCAGGAAUUCCUUCUGAAUUCCAUGACCACCUGAUGGGGCGACGGAAAUUGUUGUGGGAUGCUCGUGAAAAAGCAUCAGAUAUUAUGAAAAUUUGCAUGUCAGUAUUGGAGUUUGAAGCAUCAAGAGAUGGUAUUUAUCGAAUUUCUGGAGAGGUUUAUCCAUUUAGAGCCAGUAGGGAUGGCAGGACAUGGCAGCAAGCUUACUUGAAUGCAUUGACAAGAUUGGAAGUUACCUAUCAUUCACUUACACGCACUGAACAAGAAUGGAAGCUUGCAAAGAGUAGCUUGGAAGCUGCUUCCAGUGGUUUGUUUUCUGCAUCUAAUGAACUCUGUAUUGCUUCUAUGAAAGCCAAGUCAGCUUCAGGUGAUCUACAAAGCACUCUUGUUGCCAUGAGGGAUUGUGCCUAUGAAGCAAGUAUGGCACUAUCUGCAUUCAGUCGGGUCACGAAGGGUCAUACUGCUUUGACUUCAGAAUGUGGUUCCAUGCUUGAAGAGGUUUUGGCAAUAACUGAGGGUCUACAUGAUGUUCACAAUUUGGGAAAGGAGGCUGCUGCAGCUCACCAUUCUCUGACAGAUGAUCUUUCAAAGGCGAGUCUGAUCCUUAUUCCACUUGAAUCAGUGUUGUCUAAGGAUGUAGCUGCAAUGACUGAUGCCAUGGCUAGGGAAAGAGAGACAAAGAUGGAAAUAUCUCCCAUUCAUGGUCAAGCCAUAUACCAGUCGUAUUCUUUAAGAAUUAGGGAAGCCUAUCAAACCUUUGGGCCCUUGGUGCCAUCACUUACAUCAUCUGUAAAGGGGCUUCUUUCCAUGUUGACAAGGCUUGCACGAACUGCAAGUCUGCAUGCUGGAAAUCUUCAUAAAGCUCUUGAAGGACUUGGUGAAAGCCAGCAAGUAAGGUCACAAGAGAUCAACUUGUUAAGGCCAGACCUGGAUGGUGAUGCAAUUGAUUUUGAUAACAAGGAGAAAGAGAACUUUUCCAGAUCUAGUGGAGAACUUGAAGAAGAUUUUCCUGGAAUUACUGGACUGACUUCCCAGGAUAAAGGAUGGAUAUCUCCUCCAGACACCAUCUAUAGCAGCUCAGAAUCUAGUCAUACAUUGGAUGAAUCAAGUCUUCCAGAUAGCUUCAAUAGUGCAGCAGAAGUGAUGGAACAGCUUUCACUGGGGUCUAAUGCCAGGGAGGCCUCUGUUCCAUUUUCUGGAACUGGUUCCCAAGAAGUUUCGUUUUGUGGGCAAUCAGAAUCUAAGCAUGUGGAGGCCAUUAACAGCGAUUCCGGCUCGGUCAGAUCAUUAAUUAAUGAAUCAAUUGAACAUCUUAAAGAUUUGACAUCUCCAAAUAACCAAUGUGUAACUGCCAGCAUUGAAACUUCACAUCCUUAUGAAAACUCAGGGAUAAUGUUUGGGGGUAAAGAUGAAGUGGCAACUUUAAUAAGCAAAGUUAGGAACGAGGAUGAAGUCCAAGAAACUCUCCUUAAUACAGAUGCUGUUAGUCGAAUAGCAAGGGGUAAAAAUGCUUAUGCAAUCUCAGUCUUAAGGCGAAUCGAGAUGAAACUUGAUGGUCAUGAUAUUGCUGAUAACAGGGAAAUAAGCAUUGCAGAGCAAGUGGAUUAUCUACUUAAACAAGCAACAAGUGUAGAUAAUCUUUGUAAUAUGUAUGAAGGUUGGACACCUUGGAUUUGAACUAAUGAAGCUUUUGCAUGUUAUGAACAAGACCUGGACUCAGAUCAUGUUCUGAAGAGAAUUCUUGGGCAUGUUGGGUCAUUUUCAUUCACUGGUACUUCUAAACGGCCAGGACUAUUGCAACCUGCAAGAGCUUGCAUCCUUUUCAUUGCUGGUUAAAGCUUAAUAAAAUGCGAAGGAUUGGAUGGCUGCAGAGUGCUUCAAUACGCAGAACGGUGUGCUUCUGAGAGGAUUAUGGGUUCUUGGUACUCUAUGUACCUCAGUCAAGUUAAUGAGUUUGGAUUGUAUCCUUGGAUGAUGAUCUUAGUGGAUGAUCAUCUUUGCAGUGCAGAAUUUGCCGGUGGGGAUUCUUGCAUGAGCUGGGGCACGAAGAGGCAUUCUAUUUAUGGUGGGCCCUGGGCCUCUCUGCAGUACUGCACUAAUGGUCACUGAGCUUCCUCAAUAAUGCCCGGAAGGGUAGAGCAGCAUGUUAUGUGUCAUGUGUCUCCACUAUGCUUCUUUUGAAAUUCACCAACUAUAGUGGAGCAUAAAUUUGACAGGAUGCCCAGCCUUGGACUUGCUGAGAAUGAAUACUAGCACAUGAUUCUAUUUCUCAUUAGUUGGUGUGCCUUGGCGUCAUGAUUUCAUUUGGGUUCAGAUAUAACCAGUUAUAUUUUCAAGCAUAUUUCAGUAAGCAUCUUUGACCACUUAAUCACUGAUUUUUUAUUCUAUGAACGCCCCAAGUUGUAAAACCUUUGCAAAAUUGAUGAUGUAAAUGUCAGAUUGGACUCGCAUAGUUUCCAGUUUGCUACGCAACACACUUCAUGCAAAUUUAUUUAUUUAUUUUUUUACCA